AUGGAAAGCGAUGAGGAGAUCAGAAGAGUUCCCGAGAUCGGCGGCGAAUCGGGCGGAGCAUCGGCUUCUGGCAGAGAUACCGGUUCGGUGGGCGGUCCGGACCGGGUCCUGGUCGCAGGGGAAGGGCAGAGAAAGAGAGGAAGAAACCCGGCUGACAAAGAGAGCAAGAGGCUAAAGAGAUUGCUGAGGAACAGAGUUUCAGCGCAACAAGCAAGGGAAAGGAAGAAGGCGUACUUGAGUGACCUGGAAACUAGAGUUAAAGAUUUGGAGAAAAAGAACUCUGAGCUUGAAGAGAGACUUUCCACUUUGCAGAAUGAGAAUCAGAUGCUUAGACAUAUAUUAAAGAACACAACGGCGGGUAGGAGAGGAGGUAGUGGUGGUUCAAACGCUGAUGGUUUGUAAGGGAGGAAGAGAGUUGACUUAGGGAAGCUAAGGGGAAACAGAAAUGGUAUA